ACGACUUCGCAAUUAACAACAAGGAGUUCAUUAAGUAAUAAUAUUUGGUGUUAAAUUUUGGAUGAAUAAUUUAAUUGAAUUAUUUCUUAAUGACUUUCACCCAUGGUUUCUUUAACCACAACUGGUUAGGUUCACAUAAUUUGUGAAGCUGAAGAAACAUUUUGGCUUAAUGUAAUAUGUAAUUCCAUUCAAAAAUGAGCCUAAAUUUUUUUUCUCCGGUUACAAAAUGUCCAUUUUGCUUAAAUCUAUGUAAGAAAGCACACUGAAGAAACAACAUAGAAAUUGAAUCACCCAAGUCAUCUGAAUAACAUUAAAGAAAGUGUUCCUACAUAUGUUAAAGAGGACAGCCUGGGACUGAAAUAUUUGCAGACCUAAAAGAUUCAUUCCAUUAUUAUUAUGGAUCCAUUUUUAAAUUUUUUCCAUAAAUAUGAUUGGAGCCGUCAGUGAUACCUGACCAGGUUAGAUUACCUGUACUAUUUAAAAAGGAAAAUCUUAUCCUUAUUAAUGUUUGGAUACAGAUUAUUCUAGAAUGAUAAUGGACUAGCAGCAUGCAUAGUGAUUUUGUGGUUAAGAUGUGAACAGGUUAAGCUGUUAAUAAUUGAAUGACAACCUAAAUACAUAUUUCUUAAAUGAUAAUAUUGGAUAGUUUGUAAACAUGUCAAAAUAUUCCAGCUUUGAAUCUGAGCAGAAACACACUUUGCCGGUGUUUUGGUUAGUAAAUGGAUGAAUGGAGUUGUUUUGUUCCAAAUACAGCAAACAGGCUUGUUUUAUUUUGAGCAGUAGUGUUGAGAUGGGAAUAAAUUGUCAGAGGUAGAAUAUGCCAUGUUGGAAACUGCUGGAACAGGAGAGUGCACUGUUCCAUCCACUGUUGCCUUACUUUUCCUAUGAGAAUUUGUUUUAUUUGAAACCCAGAACCAUUAAAACAAAAGUGGCUGGCCUGAAAUUUAUAUUUUUAAUCUAUGUUUUGAUGUGGUAAUUGUCUAUCUGCUCACAUGAAAGCAAAUUCCAUCCAGUUGAAUAGGACUUUUGAAGAGUCAUGCAUAAAUAUUUUCUCAGGGAAAUGGAAGCAGGCUAGGGGGAAAAAAGGAAAUAAUAGAUGACAGGAAGAAAAACGCAAAAAACUCCCACAGGUUUGCCUGACAGACAAAUUCUAGGAUCUACAAAGAUAUGUCAGCAGCAAACAUGCCCACUUCCUUUACUGGUUUCCUUCUUAGCACAGUAUUAUUUUUAUCGUUUUUUUAAAUGGUAGGUUGGCUUGGAUGUCAAAGGAAAUUAAAUAUUAGGUGUUUUUCUGAAACCUGCAUAGAGUAAGCUUUGGUCCUUUUAUCAGUUCAGAUUCAACUAAAUUACUUUUAAGCACUGCAGUACUCCUAAAUCACUGAAGAUCCUCUGUUGUCUGCAAAGACAGGAAACGUCUUUGUGUGUUAUUUUUCAUCAAACAUCAAUAUAAUUUUAAAUUUUUGCAUUUUUGGAGCCAAAAUCAGAACUUUUUCUAUCAUAAAUUGAAGGGUGGCAGGGUAAUUCCUACAGAAUCAGGUUUGUUAUCUGGGAAAGAAAGGUUACUCAUAAAAAUGUACCUACACUUCCUGAAUAAAGCUAUUACGUCUCUUUGCUUUUCCUUUACUUUUUUCCUAUGUAUACGUUUUUCAGAUAUGCAAAGUUUAGAAUCAGGUUUAGAGCGCAAGCUACUACAUGCCUGUAUCCUCAGAAAUAAAUCUUGAGUUCAGUGGCGAGAAAAGGAUUGCCACAUUAAUGGUGAAGGGGUGGGCGUUUUUCAGCGAAGAAAACACAAGCCUGUCACGCACUACCUUAAAUGUAUAAGUUUAUCUUGUUCGUACGGUUUUCUGGAAACCUGCAGCCCUUCCCGGCACAGGGGAUCCAAAGUGUUGAUAAUUUCGUUUCUAUCAGAAAUAAACAACAGCACUUAGUGCUGCCUUACAAUCAGCACCCUCAGAUUAAGACUAGCCUUUCCCUUCCUGGGAAAAAACGUAAAGUGCGAGAGGGAGCUGGAGCGGUCUAAAUAGAGAACAAGAGAGGUUCCGACAUCCGAGAAAGUAGCUGCAGACGCGGGAACAAGAAGGAGCAAUGAAACUCGCUAAAGGCUCGAAGAAACGCGGAGAGGAGAACCCGUGGAGCCAGGCGAAUUCAUGGCUCUCUGAAGAAAGUUUGCACACGCCAAGCUAAGGAGGUGGGAAGGGCGCGGUCCGAGUCGCAGUUAGGAGCAGCUUCUGCUACCUUUAGGAGGCGCUUUGUUCCUCCCCUCCUCCUCUCCAACCGUCUCCCGACGGAGCGCGCAAACCGAGCGCUUCUCCCCGGCCAUCCUUCAGCCGUUUGGCCGAAGGCGGUUGUAAACGCCGCUGCAAGGGUCAACCUCAGCUCCGCUUGUUCAGCAUGGAGAAAGGGGGCUUCAAGAGGCUCGGGCGGCUCUUCCACCAUAGGAGCGAAUCCGAGGACUCCGAACCGGACCUCGGUAAGGAUACGCCGCUUUCCUCGCCUUGUCCUUCGCCGUGCUUGGAGGGUCGGCGGGAACAUCGCGCCAGCUGCUCCUCCACCGCCACCGUCGAUUCCGGAGAGCUCAAGAAGCGCUCGGCUUUCGGGCAGUGGCGCUUGAAGAAGAAACAGCGGCGGCAGCAGCAGCAGCAAAGUAAGGACGAAGUGGCAGCGGGGGACAGCGCGGCCCCCUCUGCUCUGGACGCCUCCUCCUUCACCGCCUCGGAGCCCACGACUCCCACAAACAGCUGUUUUGACAUGCCCGAUGUGCAGUAUGCUACUCAGGAAAAACAGCAACCUCUGGUUCCAACACAAAAUUCACAGUAUGCUUAUGGUAUCUCAGUGGAUUCAAUAUCUUCGUCUACAUUGCCAGCCUCAUUUAGAAAGUCUAAAACCCGCUCUUCAGAGUCUUCGAAGGAAGAAAAAAAGAAGCCGGUUUUGGGAAAGUUUGGACAUUUUUUUACUACAGGGAAGAGAAAAAAUCCCAAGAAUACACAGGAAUCUUCUUUAAACCCAAGUAUAAAAAGUAUAAGGCCAGAAUCUCCUCAUAAGAAUUUAGCCCCAUUGGCAUCCAUAGAAAUAGAGGACCUAAAUGAUCUAUCUAAAAGUGAGGAAUCUCUUACUGAUUCGAUUUACGAGCAGAAUCAAUCAAACACCCAGAAUACUAUUGACAAUUCAGAAGAUUAUCUUUACAAUAGGGAUCUGACACCUUUAUAUAAUGACAUUGUUUCAGAAUGGAACACUAAAGGGAUUUCUUCUGGCAGUGAAUGGUCACUUGAUUGGCAUAGUAGUAAUGAAACCAUAAAAGAUACAUUGUUUGAUAGCAAUCUUACACUUGAGACACUGGAAGGAGAGAACGAACUUGUCACUGAUACAGACACGACUCCAGAUUUCUUUAAAAGUUUAUCUACUCUGUCUGAUGAAAAUCUAGAACAAAUCGAAUUAAACCACAAGGAAUUAGUGGAGCCUCUUACGUUUGCAGAAUCAGAAUAUGCAGACUCAAAAGAUGGAUCAUUUUUUGUGGAACCUGAGCAAAAUGAGCAUCCCCAACCUUCUAGAAUAUUGACAUUGGAUAUUUUUCUUCGUAGAGCUGAACAACAAAAUCUGAAUAAACCAGUAGCUGUUGUAUUAGACGACGAUUGUAGCAGCACAGACAUAAUGGAUAAAAAAUCUGCAAUUAGGAAAUCUGGAAAGAGGAGAAAAUCUCAGAGCUCCAGUGAUGUGCCAAAUGGGGAUAGAAAUGCAAGUGAGAAUACUGUGAAAGAGGAGCCGUUUUUUGAUGGUACUCCUUCUGAUAUGGUUCCAGAAAAAAUAAGCACUUCUGAAAGAAAACUUAGGCCUUGUCAACAGAUUAUAUCUCCUACGAAUAAUAAUGAUAUAAGGUCUGGAAGUAAUCAUAAGGGUUUUGAGAAGUGCAAGCAGCAGAGCCCGGCCUCAUCCCCGUAUAAAAAGAAAUCCUUAAAAAAGAAUCAGUCUGAUGCAGGUCCUCCUUCACCCAUAGGCAUAAAAAGUCCUGGAAAAAAUCUUUCCACCAAAAGACAGAGUGACGGUGUAAUGGAUAGUAAUUCAACAUCCAAAUGUAUUUCAGUAGAGGAAUUGCCUUCUGAUGAAAACAUUGUAGUUCCUCCUUUAGGCAUUGUGAGCAGUAGCAGCACUUUGUCACCACCUGAAGAGAAGACAGAAUCUCAAGAUUUGCAUUCUGUCAGAAGUUCUGAUGGCAAGGUUAUAUUGCCGCUUGACAAGCAUAAAAAUAAUGAGGUAGAAGGCAAUGGAAGACAAAUUUCUUCUGAUUUGGAUGAAGCAAAGCCAAGGAAUAUAUGCCUUGAUGUUUCCAGAACAGUCACAACAAAAAUUAGCCUGCCAGCUAAACCAAAGAAUGUUGAACUAAACCUUAAAGCUUCGAAAAGCCUGGAAAAUAUGCAAAAUGAGCAAGAUUCUACAGAUAAAGUUAAAAUUAACUUCAAUAUUGCCAAUAAAAUAUCGAUGUUUGAAAGCAGACAAAAUAAUCAAAAUCAAUCUGCUGAUGCUCCUGCUUCAAAAAGAGGUUCCGUAUCAAAUACAUUUGUUGGCAGAGCGAAGUUGAAGUUUGGAAGACAGCCAACUGAAAGUGAACAGACUAACAGAGGAACAAAUAAAGGAAACCAUCGUCAGAAAUUACUGCAAAAUGGUACAAAAGUAAAAGAAAUCUCUUCAGACGUAAACAUUAAGUCACAGGGAACGAUUGAGGCAAACGUUACAUGUGAGGAUGCUAGAAAAAAUGAAGAACUUGGAAAAGUUGUUAAAUCUCAAGUCAAUGAGAAUGACAAAGUAGAGGGUAAUGAAGUGAAUGAUUUCACUUCUACAAAAAUUGAUACAGAAUUAGUCAAGGUCAAAGACCUAGAUAAUGUUUCAUCUAUAUUGCAGAAUGAAGAAACAGAAGCAAAUAAUUGGAGCAUGAAUGCCACUUCCUUAUGUUCUGAAAGUGAAGAGACAUUUUCCUUGAGCUCAGAUCAUUAUUUACCCAAUAAUAACGAUAAAUCUUUGCUGCAAUCUGAUCUGACACCCCAAAAAUCAGAAUUAAACCAGAUUGAAAAUAAAGACCAAAAGGUGAUUAAUACAGUUUCGGAAGACAACCAAGAAUUUGAACACAGCAACAGUGGGCAAGAAAAUCAAAGCAGUGGUUGUAAUGUUUCUGAAGGCAGCAGAACUGAUGGCGUUUGUGACUCUCCUUCAGAUAUGGCCAGGUUUACAGAAACACUUAAAAAUCUAGACAGUUCUGUUUGUGUACCUCAGAAAAAGAAAAAGCAGAAACUUCCAAAGCCUCCUGCCCCACAUUUUGCAAUGCCUCCAAUUCACGAGGACAAUUUAGAGAAAAUAUUUGACCCUAAUAUAUUUACUGUGGGAUUGGGAAUAAAGAGAGAUAGAUCACAAGAUCUAACUCCAUCUGCCCAGUUAAAAUUGCAAAGCUUAGAGACUGAGGCUAGGAUUAAACCCAAGCGGGCCUCUGCUGAAAACAGCCUUUUUCUCCAGUCCCUGAAGUUACCCGGUAGAGCAGAUUCAGCUCUCAUGCAGGAAAUGUGUGGGAAAGAGAGCAAGGACAAUACAGACGGUGACAUCAAGAGAUCUCGACUUGAAAACAGCACCAUUUUCUCCAGUCUGCUAGCUCCCGUAACUAAAGAAAAAAUGUUUACCCCAUCUGUAACCACUGUAAACACAAUCACAACAUCUUUUGCAUCUCAGAAGAGUGCCACUUCUCCAGGAAUACCUCCUCUAAUAUUUGAUUUAACUCAGAAAUCCGAGCCUCUUUCAGGUUUCAAAGUGCCAAACUAUAUGGAUAAAUAUUUACAAACCGAUGAUGCAAAAAAAGAAAGAAUUUUACAAAUGCCAAAUUUUGGAAGCCUUGAAAACAGUUUUUCAAACUGGUUGAAACCUGGUCAGUGUGACUCAAAUGAAUUCAUAGCUAUUGAGGCAUUUUCAGGGAAAAAACAGAAUAAAAUUAAUCCUAGACCUGGAAAGAUCAUGAUUUACAAUAAACCAGAUGCUUCCGAAAGUAGUUUUGAAGUUUUUCAUGAUGUGUUGGAUUGCACCUCUUGGAAAUUGUCGCCUGUGAUUUUAAUUAAAGUCAUCCGAGGAUGUUGGAUUCUGUAUGAAAAACCAAAUUUUGAAGGAGUUUCUAUUCCGAUGGAAGAAGGAGAAUUGGAAUUCUCAAAUCUUUGGGGGGAAGAAGCAUUGGACAAUAAUGAAGAUACGUGCAAAGCUCCUGAGCCUAUUGUGAUUGGUUCAGUCAGGCAUGUAGUAAAGGAUUAUAGAAUUUGCCGAAUUGACCUAUUUACAGAACCACAAGGAUUAGGUUUAGUAAAUGCAUAUUUUGAUGAUACUGAAGAAAUGCGACUUGGUUCUUCUCAGAAGACAUGUUCUAUCCAAGUGUCUUGGGGCAUAUGGCUACUUUAUGAAGAACCUGGUUACCAGGGAAUCCCUUUAAUGUUGGAACCAGGAGAAUAUCCUGAUCUGUCAUGCUGGGAGAAAAAAGAGGCAUAUAUUAGGUCUCUGAAGCCCUUGAAAAUGGGUGGACGCAAGGUUGAAUAUCCUAAAAGCCGAAAGGUAAUUGUUUAUGAAAAGCCAUUCUUUGAAGGAAAACAUAUAGAAUUGGAUUCAGAAUUAACAGCUCUUGCCAUGGAAGGAAACAGUACUGAAGAAUCUGAAGAGCUGGAAAAUGAGCUGCUUACAUCAAUAGGAUCCAUAAAAGUGAAGGGAGGAAUCUGGGUUGCUUAUGAGAAGCCAGAGUUUGAAGGGCACCAGUAUUUACUGGAAGAAGGCGAAUACCGGGAAUGGACGGACUGGGGUGGUUAUGAUGAACAGUUGCAAUCACUACGGCCUGUUCUAGGGGAUCUGAUGCAUCCUCACAUGAUAAUGUACACUGAAAAAGACUUUGGGACUAAAGGUUCCAGUAUAAAUGUAUUAGGGAUUAUUUCAAAUUUGAAGGAUACUGGCUAUGGAUUAAGGACACAAUCCGUAAAUGUGAUUAGUGGAGUGUGGGUGGCUUAUGAAAACCCUGACUUUACAGGAGAACAAUAUAUUCUUGAUAAAGGAAUGUACCCCAGCUAUGAAGCUUGGGGGGCAAAGAAUAAUAAGAUAUCUUCAGUUCAACCCAUACUUUUGGAUAUCAUCAAUGAUCAUGUGGGAAAAUUUAAGGUCCAGUUAUUUUCAGAACCAGAGUUCCAAGGCAGCAGUCAAAUACUUGAGAAAGAUGUUUCUCAAAUUGUGGAAUUUCCUGCUAAAUCUUCAAAGGUAUUAUCUGGCAGUUGGAUCGCAUACGAUAAAGAAAAUUAUUCUGGGAAUCAGUAUGUGUUAGAAGAAGGAGCCUAUCCUGAUCUGUCUGCAAUGGGUUGCCUACCCCAAACAUGCUUGAAGUCUUUACAAGUUAUAAAUAUUGAACUUUCUGAGCCAGUUAUAACCCUUUUUGAAAAAGAAAACUUCAGAGGAAAGAAAUUUGAAUUCAUUACAGAAAUAGUAAAUUUCGAAUUUCUUGGCUACAAUCCUCAUAUUGCUUCAGUAGAAGUCCAGGGUGGCAUAUGGAUUAUUUAUGAACAUCAUAAUUAUAAAGGCCGUCAAAUUUUACUAACGCCUAAAAAAAUAUCAAACUGGAAAGAGACAAGUGGCUACCACAAAAUUGGUUCUCUACGACCUUUACUGCAGAAACAAGUGUACUUCAGACUCAGAAACAAAGACACCGGAAAGUUCAUGGCAGCUGAUGGAAAUAUAGAUGACUUGAGUCUUCUGAGGAUACAAGCUGUGGAAGACAAUAAAUCUGGAGAGCAGAUCUGGGUUUAUCAAGAUGGAUUCAUCAAGUAUAGGGGGUCAGAAGAUCUCUGCUUAAUGAUUGUAGGAAAUUUGAUCACCCCUGGUACAAAGCUGGGCCUGGCCCUUCAGCAGAAUGACGAAAAGCAAAACUGGAGUUUUAAUUCUAAUGGCAAGAUUUACAGCAAAAUGAAACCACAUUUAGCAUUAGAUAUUAAAGGGGGAAAUAACUAUGAUCAAAACCACCUAAUUCUCAAUACAGCCAGUGAUGACAGACCAACGCAGUGCUGGGAACCACUGAUUAUUUAAAAGGCAGAUUGAGAUGUAACCCAAUACUUGAGAAGUGAAUUAGACAAAUGGUGAUUUUCCAACCAGCUUGACCAGUUUGAAGAAACAAAAAUUGUAAUGUACUCAUUCAAUCACUGCAUCCAAGAGUAGAGUAGCCCUAUAUGGCUGUCAUGUCACCUAAUUUCUAUUAUGUUUGUUGACUCUGCUUUGUUUCAUUCUUUUGUUCAAGCCCACCGUCCUCCAAGCUCUGCAGGGGGGCAGACCAAACCAGAAGUGAGGAAGUUACUACAUAUGGAGUAUAACAUGCCUAGAAUGGACUCCCUGUUUCAGACUCUCUUUUCCAAUUCUUUAGGUAGGAUACAAGGAAGAUGACAGAUCUGGCAAGCUCAGUCGUACUUUGCCAGGAAUGAAAUUGUGUAUGGUAUAAAUAUUCUGGGUUGAAAGGAAAUAGUCUUCGACUUUUCUGUCCUUUUCUUAUUACAAGCAUUAAGGUGCAUCACAAGCAGCCCUUUUGUAUCACUAAGGCUACUAACAUUUUAAUGUGCAAUUCUAAAAGUAGACUUAAUGUUUUGGUGCUCCAUGCUUAGAGCUGAAACUGAAUUUGGAAUAUUUUAAAACUGCACUGGACUAUUUUGUAGUGAAAGCUCUUUGUUAACUAGUCCAAUGCUAUCAAAAAAUAAAUUAGCUAUUUAUGUAAAAUCUAAAUCAUUUCAGAUGAUUUUAAAAUAAAUGAAAUUGUCAUAGACGAAUGCUUUAGUACCUAACAAACAUUUGUUGCUGAGUUUUUCCGUCGGUUAAAAAUGCCAAUUAUCUGCAUGGCUGCCUUAUUUUACACAAUUUGCACUUAUUGUCUCUGUACAUGGCAAGUAUACUGUUUCUCUGUUCAAAAAUGAUUUACUUUAAAUUGCGUAACGAGCUAUAUGUGACUUGCGUAUCACAACAGUUCUUGCUUUUUAAUGAGCUGCAUUAAGAAAUGUUUCCUUACGUCUUUGCUUUCAAUCUUCUCUGGUGAAAGUCGCUACGUGUAUUUCCGAUUCUGUAUUCAUGUAAUUUCAAUAUUCAAUGUACAUUUUUUCCUGCUUUACACCCCCUUAUUUUCAUCCACAUUCCUCUAAUGCUGCAUUGAUCAUUAACAUGAAAAUGUCUCAAAAUUUGAAUUCAGAAAAAUGUAAUCUGAAUAUUAUACCUAGUAGCUUCUUGAAGAACAGUUAUUUUAAUGUUAAAGCUGGCUUUACUUGAGCACAAUUGUUUCUGCAGUAAAACAAACCCCACUUUUAAGUUAAAAUUGGUUUGUAUGUAACAGCUGAAUAUCAAAAUGCUGCAAUUCCGGCGGGUCAAAAAAUUCCACCAAAAUUAUUUGUAAAAUUGUCGUCACUAAUGACAAAGCUACGCAAUACUACUGAAUAGAAAACACUGUUAAUAAAUCCCCGUUUCUUCAGAAUGUCUAAUCCUGCUGCUGCAUUUUACAAGAGAAAUUAGAAAUAACUCUUGCAUCAAUAGUCUUCACUGCUCCUUCCAAAUCUGUAACUAUUAUUUCUGCUCUUUCUUUUAUCAUGUACACCAGGGGCAGUCAACCUUGGCUCUUUUAUGACUCGUGAACUUCAACUCCCAGAAUUCUGGGAAUUGAAGUCCACGAGUCAUAAAAGAACCAAGGUUGACUAUCCCUGAUGUACACAAACCACUUGAAAAGCAGCAUUGCCAGUAACCAUCUUGGAGCAUUAACAGAUGUUGCUUGAAGCCCAUGGAGGAAGCUGAGUGUCCUUCCCCCCCUCCCCCUACACACACAAUCGAUAAUACCACACAAAAAAACUGCCACUGCAGCAGGAGGUAGCCAAGCCUGGUGCAUUGGAAAGUGCCUGGCUAGGUCACACGGAGAAAUCAGUAGGGGCUCAAUUAGCUUCCAACACAGAUCUGAAGUCAUAACUAGCAAUGCCCUUAGGCUGCUCAGUCAAAUGUCAUGAAAAUCUAUAAGGAUUUAACAAUGCUGCACUGAUUUGUUUGGAAACCGGUAUUGUGUUAAUUUGCCAUUGUUUAUUGGGAAAUUAUAAUACUCAAUCCAAAUGUUAAAAUGUUUACUUUGACCCACAAUCUGCUGUAUAACUGUUUGCAACAAUCAUGUAGCUGCCAUAUUUUUCUGGUGACAUUUUGAAACUGCUGCUUAUAUCUUUGAUAAAGAAAAUAUCUUAGGGUGUGGUAUUUGCAGAAAAUGUCUUUGUGUCCAAACCCUUGUAUAAACAUAUGUAUUUUACAAAUAAAUAUUACUCAGAUGGAA